AUUUAUUUAUGGAAGAAGCACAUGACUUUUAGCAUGUUGGUUAAAAGAUACUAACAAUCGAUAAGUUAUGUUAUAAGAAGUGUCUAAAGAAUUAUGAGAGAGCUAUGAAUGUAAAAGAGGAAGCUUGUUUAAGUAUUAAUAAUUUUAGAUCAUGUAUAGAAAAUUGUUUAGCCAAAGUAAUCAAUGGAAUAGAUUUUCUACAUAAUCUUAACAAUAAAGGAGGUUUAGAUAGAGCACCAUUUAAAACUGAUGGAGGAUUCUGGUCAAAAUGAGAGUUUAUUUUAAUAUUUAUUACUAAA